AUGCGUUCCGUGUUGAACAGAAAGCCAAAGAAAGGUACCAGUGUUCAGCAUGAGCAGGAGAGUCUAACUCAUGUAUUCCAGGUGAUUGAGACAAAGAUCAUCACAUUUGUGAAGAAUGAGCUGCAAAGAUUUAAGAUGAUUCUUCGUCCACAUUACCAAGAAAACUUAAAGAGAAAAGAUGAGGAUGAGAGUGAUGCCAGAGAAGGAGCUCUCAAGAUGGCACUGCACUUCCUAUGGGAGAUGGAGAGAAUGGAUCUGGCUGACAAACUGAAAGAACAUGAGCUGGAUGUACUUUGUCGGGCUGAACUGAAAAUGCAUCUCAAGAACAAGUACCAACGUGUAGUUGAAGGAAUAGCCAUGCAAGGAAACUCUGCCCAGCUCGAAAAGAUCUACACAGAGGUCUACAUCACAGAGGGAGGAAGUGUGAAAGUAAAUGAGGAGCAUGAAGUCAGGCAAAUUGAGUCCAGAUCCAAAAGACCAGUUGAAAGGGAGAAAAAAAUCAAAAGCAGGGACAUCUUCAAUCUCUUACCUGGUCAGGACAAAUCAAGCAGAAGAGUUAUGACAAAAGGGGUAGCUGGCAUUGGUAAAACCAUCUCCAUUCAGAAGUACAUCUUGGACUGGGCUGAGGAAAAAGACAACAGUGAUAUCCACUUCAUUUUCCCAUUGCCUUUUCGGGAGCUGAACCUUGUGAGAGAUGAACAUCACUCUUUGAUGAGUCUUCUUCACCACUUCUUUCCAGAGCUGAAGACCUUAACCUUUGGCAAUCAAGGAAAGUAUAAAAUAUUGUUCAUCUUUGACGGCCUGGAUGAAUGCCGACUACAACUUAACUUCCAGAAGAAUGAAAUUUUGACCAAUGUGACAGUUCCAACUUCCCUGGAUGUACUCCUCACAAAUCUCAUCGAAGGAAACCUGCUUCCCUCUGCUCUACUUUGGAUCACCUCUCGACCAGCAGCAGCCAGUCAGAUUCCACCCGAUUGUGUUGACCUUGUCACAGAGAUCCAUGGGUUCAAUGACCAACAGAAGAAGAAGUACUUCAGGAACAGGUUCAAUGAUGAGAGUUUUUCCAGCAGAAUCAUUUCUCACAUUGAAUCAUCAAGAAGUCUCCACAUCAUGUGCCACAUACCAGUGUUUUGCUGGAUCGCUGCUUGUGUUCUUGCAGUGAUUCUUGGCUCUUCAGGAGGACAACAGCUUCCAAAAACAUUGACAGAGAUGUACACAUAUUUCCUGAUCUUCCAAACAAAACAGGCCAGUCAAAAAUUUGAUAAUGUGCAUGACCCUGAGCCACAAUGGAACAAGAAGCUUAUCCUUUCUCUGGGAAAGCUGGCCUACAAACAGUUGGAGAAGGGAAAUCUGAUCUUCUAUAAAAAGGACCUGCAAGAUUGUGGCAUUGAUGCUAGAGAAGCUGCAGUGCGCUCUGGUGUCUGCACCCAGAUCUUCCGACAGGAAUCUGGAAUUUUUCAAGCAACAGUGUUCUGCUUUAUCCACCUGAGUAUCCAGGAGUUUCUAGCAGCUCUGUAUGUGUUUCUGAUGAUGGCGAACGAAAGUCAAAAUGUGAUCUCCAGACACCAAAAUCCCGAAGAAGGAUCCAUGACCAUCUUACACAAGAGUGCUGUGGAAAAAGCCCUGCUGUAUAAAGAUGGCCGCUUUGACCUCUUCCUCCGGUUCCUUCUUGGUCUUUCUCUGGAAUCAAACCAGACUCUCCUGCAUGGCCUACUACAGAGAGAACAAAAGCAGAUGUGCAAUGAUGAAACGAUCAGUUACAUUAAGGACAAGAUUAGGGAGGUCCCUUCAUCAGAGAGGACAAUCAACCUAUUCCACUGCCUGAAUGAACUGAAUGACCACUCCUUAGUGGAGGAGAUCCAGAGCUUCUUGGGUGCAGAGAAUCUUUCGGAAGCCCAGCUCUCACCUCUCCAGUGGUCGGCUCUCGUCUUUGUGCUGGUCACAUCAGACCAGAAGCUGGAUGUGUUUGACCUGAAGAAAUAUGUCGGAUCUGAUGAAGGUCUCCAGAGGUUGAAGCCAGUUGUGGAGGAAUCCAAAACUGUUCUGUAA